CGCAUAGAGCCAAAAUCCCAGCCAAAACCCUAAAUCUCGCGCUCACUUCACCAGCUCCGAUCAACUUCUCCCAUCUAACUGUUUCGUUACUUAAGUAGAGAGCAGAAAUGGCGGUGAAGAUCCGGUUCAUGCGGUUCGGUUGCAAGAACCGGCCUUUCUUUCGAAUUGUCACCGCUGAUAGCAAAUCGCGAAGAGACGGCAAGCAAAUCGAAGUCUUAGGUUUUUUUGAUCCGUUGCAAGGUAAAGAGGAGGGCAAAAGAGUGUCUCUCAAAUAUGACAGAGUCAAGUACUGGUUAUCAGUAGGAGCACAACCAACGGAUCCAGUCGAACGCAUCCUUUUCAGGGCCGGGUUGCUCCCGCCACCAUCUAUGGUUGUCGUCAGCAGCAAAAAAGGACCGUUUGGUACGAACCCAGAUGAACCCACGACAGGUCAAGCCCUGAACUAGGAGGAUGGCCAAAGCAAGGGUUCUUGUCCUCAGUGAAACCAGUUCUGAAAUCUCGGUCGGUUGAUGCAAGGAUUUGUGUAUGGUUUCUGUGGUCAGUAAUCAGUAUGUGUAUGACGAAAUUGGUUUUUUUUCUUUCCUUCGAGAACUAUUCCAUGGACUCCCGAUCGAAUCUCGUGCACCUUUGUUGAAAAAAAAAUCCUUUUUUUUAAUGUGAAAUGAAAGUUCAUUA